GUGACUUUUUUUGGGGGAUUAUGGUAGAUUAAUGAGAUUGUGUACCUACAAAAUAUUAUAGACAAACAAGAAAGUAAAAUGAUUUCUCGUUAAUUGAAGUUAAUUAGAGAUCAUAGUCGAAGAGACAGAGAGAGAGAGAGAAGAAGACGAGGAAGAAGCAACACCGAAAGAUCCUUGCACUGGUUCAAAUUUCCAGUCUAAGCAAGAAAAGAAACACCGAGUUAAAAAUCAUACAGAGAACAAAUCUGUGUCUUUUUUCUAAAACCCCAUCUCUCUGGAGAACACUUGAGAUAUUCAAAUAAUCUGAGAGACAGAGAGAGAAAGUUACUUCUUUUUUUCUUGCGUCUUGAUCCGCCAUUGCUCUCAAGUUCUCGGCUCAUCUUCUUGCUGAAAUGAGUUCAUGUUAAUUCGUCUUUGUUACCAGCGGGUGUUGUCUCUCUCCUCGACCAACAUUUCCUGUAGAUAUGAGACAUUGAGCACCACUAAGAGUCUUGAUGAAGAAGAAGAGUUCUUGAUAAAGAUUCUGUAUUUGUUCUUGAGUUGAAGUUCUCUGAGGUAAUGGCAAGAGGUAGAAGAAGGUCAAAGCUGAGACUAAGCCAUAUAUACACAUUUGGAUGUCUUAGGCCAAGCGCAGACGAGGGUCAAGACCCUCACCCAAUCCAAGGUCCAGGAUUUAGCAGGACCGUGUUCUGUAAUCAACCUCAUAUGCACAAGAAGAAGCCUUUGAGAUAUCGUUCUAACUAUGUCUCUACCACGAGGUACAAUCUGAUCACUUUCUUUCCCAAAUCGCUCUACGAACAGUUUCACCGCGCUGCCAAUUUCUACUUCUUGGUAGCUGCGAUUCUCUCGGUGUUCCCUCUCUCGCCGUUCAACAAAUGGAGCAUGAUUGCUCCGUUAGUGUUCGUUGUUGGGCUCAGUAUGCUAAAAGAGGCUCUUGAAGAUUGGAGUAGGUUUAUGCAGGAUGUGAAGAUCAAUGCGCGGAAAGCUUAUGUUCAUAAACGCGAUGGAGAGUUUCGUCGCAGAAAGUGGAAGAAGAUUAGUGUUGGGGAUAUUGUGAAAGUGGAGAAAGACGGGUUUUUCCCUGCUGAUUUGCUCUUGUUGUCGUCUAGUUACGAGGAUGGUAUUUGUUAUGUAGAGACUAUGAAUUUAGAUGGCGAGACAAACUUGAAAGUGAAAAGGUCCUUGGAAGCAACAUUGUCGCUAGAUGACGACGAAUCUUUCAAGAAUUUCACGGGGACAAUAAGAUGCGAGGAUCCGAACCCGAGUCUUUACACAUUUGUUGGCAAUCUUGAGUAUGAGCGACAGAUAUUUCCGCUGGAUCCAAGUCAGAUUCUGUUAAGAGAUUCAAAGCUUAGGAAUACACCUUUUGUUUACGGAGUGGUGGUAUUCACAGGGCAUGAUACUAAAGUGAUGCAGAACUCAACAAGCUCGCCUUCGAAAAGGAGCAGGAUCGAGAAGACAAUGGACUAUAUCAUCUACACUCUUCUUGUCCUACUUAUUUUGAUCUCUUGCAUAAGUUCAUCAGGAUUUGCAUGGGAGACCAAGUUUCACAUGCCGAAAUGGUGGUACUUAAGACCUGACGAGCCUGAGAACUUGACCAAUCCCAUUAAUCCUGUUUAUGCUGGAGUUGUACAUCUGAUCACUGCUCUGUUGCUGUACGGAUACUUGAUACCGAUCUCUCUCUAUGUCUCCAUUGAGGUUGUAAAAGUCUUGCAAGCAACUUUCAUCAAUAAAGAUUUGCACAUGUAUGACAGUGAGAGUGGGGUUCCAGCACACGCACGCACGUCGAAUCUAAACGAAGAGCUAGGACAGGUUGAUACUAUCCUUUCUGAUAAAACGGGGACUUUGACUUGUAACCAGAUGGAUUUUCUGAAAUGCUCAAUUGCUGGCACUUCUUAUGGAGUGCGUUCCAGCGAAGUGGAAGUUGCUGCCGCACAGCAAAUGGCUGUUGAUCUUGAUGAUCACGGAGAAGUAUCAAGUAGGACAAGUACUCCAAGGGCGCGUGCUCAAGAAAUUGAGGUAGAAAGUAGCAGUAAUCAUGAAGCUGAGAAUAAUCCUAGGAUUCCUAUAAAGGGUUUUGGUUUUGAGGAUGUACGGCUUAUGAAUGGGAACUGGUUGAGGGAGCCACAUACAAAUGACAUUUUGCUGUUCUUUCGCAUAUUAGCUAUUUGCCACACAGCUAUUCCCGAGCUUAACGAGGAGACUGGAAAGUACACAUAUGAAGCGGAGUCACCAGAUGAAGCUUCUUUUCUUACUGCUGCGAGUGAGUUUGGUUUUGAGUUCUUUAAGAGAACCCAAUCAAGCGUUUAUGUUCAUGAAAGGUUAUCUUCUUCAGGGCAAACUAUUGAAAGGGAGUAUAAAGUUCUGAAUUUAUUGGAUUUCACUAGCAAACGGAAGCGAAUGUCAGUUGUUGUACGUGACGAGGAAGGGCAGAUUCUUCUGCUAUGCAAAGGAGCUGACAGUAUCAUUUUUGAAAGACUGGCGAAAAAUGGGAAAACAUACUUAGGACCUACCACUAAGCAUUUAAAUGAAUAUGGAGAAGCGGGACUCCGUACUCUUGCACUUUCAUACAGAAAGCUUGAUGAGGAUGAAUAUUCAGCUUGGAACGCUGAGUUUCACAAGGCCAAAACUUCUAUAGGAUCUGACAGAGAUGAGUUGCUUGAGAAAAUAUCGGAUAUGAUCGAAAAAGACCUUAUUCUUGUAGGUGCAACUGCUGUGGAGGACAAACUCCAGAAAGGGGUACCCCAGUGCAUAGAUAAACUUGCCCAAGCUGGCCUCAAAUUAUGGGUUUUAACCGGGGAUAAGAUGGAAACAGCAAUCAACAUUGGAUAUUCGUGUAGUUUACUUCGGCAAGGCAUGAAACAGAUAUGUAUAACUGUGAUGAACUCAGAAGGAGGAUCCCAAGAUUCAAAGGCUGUGAAGGAGAAUAUUUUGAAUCAAAUCACUAAAGCUGUACAAAUGGUGAAGCUAGAGAAAGAUCCACAUGCUGCCUUUUCUUUGAUCAUUGACGGGAAAACUCUAACGUAUGCAUUGGAGGAUGAGAUGAAGUAUCAGUUUCUUGCUUUGGCAGUCGAUUGUGCGUCAGUCAUUUGCUGUCGUGUGUCUCCUAAGCAGAAAGCUUUGGUCACAAGGUUAGUUAAAGAGGGAACCGGAAAAACCACAUUGGCAAUAGGUGAUGGUGCAAAUGAUGUUGGAAUGAUUCAAGAAGCUGACAUAGGCGUUGGCAUUAGUGGGGUUGAAGGAAUGCAGGCUGUUAUGGCAAGUGAUUUUUCGAUUGCCCAGUUCCGAUUUCUGGAAAGAUUACUCGUCGUUCAUGGACAUUGGUGCUACAAAAGAAUAGCUCAAAUGAUCUGCUAUUUCUUCUACAAAAACAUAGCAUUUGGUCUCACACUCUUCUAUUUUGAGGCCUUCACCGGGUUUUCUGGGCAGUCAGUCUAUAAUGACUACUACCUAUUACUCUUCAACGUCGUCCUUACCUCAUUGCCAGUGAUUGCACUCGGAGUCUUUGAACAAGAUGUUUCCUCUGAGAUCUGCUUGCAGUUUCCUGCGUUAUACCAACAAGGGAAGAAAAAUCUGUUCUUUGACUGGUAUAGAAUACUCGGGUGGAUGGGAAAUGGCGUGUACUCCUCUCUUGUCAUAUUCUUCCUCAACAUUGGAGUCAUUUAUGAGCAGGCUUUCAGAGCCAGUGGCCAAACCGCUGACAUGGAUGCUGUUGGUACCACCAUGUUUACUUGCAUUAUUUGGGCUGUGAAUGUACAGAUCGCUUUAACGAUGAGCCACUUCACUUGGAUCCAACACGUAUUGAUCUGGGGAAGCAUUGGUUUAUGGUAUCUGUUUGUUGCGCUCUACGGGAUGAUGCCUCCAAGUCUUUCAGGGAACAUCUAUAGAAUCCUAGCUGAGAUUCUUGCUCCUGCUCCCAUAUAUUGGGUAGCCACGUUUUUGGUGACAGUGACCACAGUGCUCCCUUACUUUGCCCACAUAUCCUUCCAAAGAAUCUUAAAUCCAUUGGAUCACCACAUCAUUCAGGAGAUCAAAUACUACAAGAGAGAUGUGGAGGAUAGAAGGAUGUGGACUCGGGAGCGUACCAAAGCACGGGAGAAGACAAAGAUCGGGUUCACAGCAAGAGUUGAUGCGAAAAUCAGACAUCUAAGGUCAAAACUCAACAAGAAACAGUCAAAUAUGUCACAUUGCUCAGCUCAAGAUACAAUGUCCCCAAGAUCAUUAUAGCUUCUGGGGCUUCCUCAGGAAAGGUUAUUGUUAAUCUUUGAGAUUUCCAACCUGUAGAAACAGUAUGAGGUUCAUCAAAGGAGGUAGGCGCUGGAUUUUGAUUCAGAAUGGAGACAGCUCUUGAUGCUGUUGUGUGCGUAUGACAUGGAAGAAAGCAAAAGGGAGAAAUUAUAGUGUGAGUUUGUGAAAGUAGCUGACUGAUGUUUUGGGCUCUUUGUUGUAUCAGAAACAGAACUAUACAUAGAUUUUUUUGUGUGUGUAUACUUAGGACCGAUUGCAACACCAAAAAAGUGUGUUCCUUUGUUCCGCA